UUGAGUGAUACAUUAAUUUCAAACCGUGAUGAGAAAUAGUUAGUGGGUUAUUAUCCCUCGAACUUGAUUGUGCUGAAAUUAAACGUCCAAGUGAAAAGUUAUUUGUUGAAAUGUUUUCAACAGCAUUGAUCAAAGUUUGGUUAUAUAUGACGAUGGAUCAUUUCCUUCGAGUUUACUGCGCUGGAAUGAAAGAUGAGAAUUUUGCAUUGAUGAAUAACGCGGUCAAGCUUUCUACAGAGUCACCUCAGUUCUCUGGACCAAUUCGAAAUGUUACUGUUGCACUAGGAAGAGAAGCAGUUCUGAGCUGUUCUGUUUCCAACUUGGGACACUAUAAAGUGGGAUGGAUGAAAGCCGAGGACCAGACAAUUUUAGCACUCCACACGAGAGUUAUUACUCACAAUCCAAGGAUAACAAUUGAUCACGAUGACAGCUUGAAUACGUGGCAGUUACGUAUACGCCAACUCAAGGAGUCAGAUCGUGGAUGUUACAUGUGCCAGAUAAACACUGGAGAAAUGAGAAAACAGUUCGGCUGCAUUGAUGUUCAUG